AUGCUUUCAUUGGUGAAUCUCUUCGAUUUACCAUGUUAGCCUCUCUAGUGCGCCAUAGUACCUAUUAAGUUGCUCGUUGCUCUUUAGCAACCUAACCUGGAUAAUGGCGUCCGGCAACCAAAAAGACUCCCAGCGACUUUGACUUGAUCCCUCCAUUUAUCUCGCUCUCACUUUCGCGCCUUCAAUUCACGAAGGACUCACUGUCCUCUCACGCCGCGCUUCUUCCCUUACCAGAAUCGGCCCCUUCCACCGUCGACGUGAUACAAUUGUCGGCGACGCUAUCCCUUCAAAAACGAGCAGCCGCGCAACUCGCGCUCCUCAGGAUCGAGACCCUCUUUCAUCCCGAGUUCGCCUCUGUGGAGGCAGGCAGCCACCAUGAGUGACAUUGUCAUCAAUCCCGAUACCUUCUUCGAUCGGCUGUCCACUCUAUAUAAUGCCUGGAAAGCGGACAAGAGGUCGGGAGACGGCUCCUUUGGUGGCGCAGACACGAUUGUCAUCUUAACCGGCAAAGCUGAUCAAGAGACCCAAUAUGUUAAGAACAACGCGGUCCAUUUCUGGCUGCUAGGCUAUGAAUUCCCUGCGACACUGAUGGUGUUUACACCUGCUGUCCUCUAUGUGGUCACCACAGAGAAGAAGGCUAAACAUCUUCAAAAUCUGAAAAAUGGCAAAAUCCCCAUCGAAAUCCUCACUGUCCAUAUGAAGCAGCCCGAGACGCGAACGCAAGCUUUCGAAAAGUGUAUCGAUAUCAUCAAGAACGCGGGCAAGAAGGUUGGCGUCAUCCCAAAGGCUGACGCUCAUGGACCAUUCGUCGACGAAUGGCUCAAGAUGUAUGGUGAUCUUUCCAAGGAGAUUGAAGAGGUCGAUGUAUCCGGCGCUCUGUCCGCUGCUUUCGCCGUCAAGGACGAAAAUGAGUUGAGAGCGAUGCGUACCGCCGCCCGAGCAGCCAGUGCUAUGAUCACUGAUUAUUGGGUCGAUGAAAUGGCUACGGUCUUGGACCAAGAAAAGCGAGUUAGCCAUCGCACUCUCUCCGAUCGGCUCAUGAAGAAGAUUGAUGACACCAAGUUCUUCCAAAAAGUCUCCAAACUCCCCUCCGACUUCGAUACUCAGCAGCUAGACUGGGCUUAUGGACCGGUAGUCCAGAGUGGCGGACGCUACGAUCUGAGUCUAAAUGCACAGCCCGAUGACGAAAACUUGCAUUCUGGAUGCAUUGUUGCCGGCUUGGGCCUUAGGUACAAGACCUACUGCUCAAUCCUGGCGAGAACCUACUUGAUCGACCCAAGCAAGUCACAAACUUCGAAUUACAAGGUCCUUCUGGCUGCUCACGACGCUGCAAUGAAGGAGAUCAAAGAAGGUGCUGUGAUCAAAGACGUUUACAACAAAGCACUCGGUGUGGUCAGGUCGAAAAAACCUGAGCUGGAGAAACAUUUUGGUAAGGAUGUGGGCGCUGCCAUUGGCAUCGAAGUCCGCGAUUCCAAGCUUGUUUUGAAUGGCAAAAACACCAAGACUCUCAAAGAUGGUAUGACAGUCAGUGUCGUUACCACACUCUCCGAUCUGACCAACGACAAGCCUCAAGAUAAGAAAGGUACCAAUUAUACUUUGGUAUUAAUGGACACUGUCCGGGUCACUAGGACUGAGCCUGUAGUGUUCACCAAAGAGGCACUCACCGACCUCGACUCGAUUGAAUUUUAUUUCAAGGAUGACGAAGAAGAGACCAAGCCUAAGCAGGAGAAGAACAAGAAGCCCGCUGCUAGUGCCAUUGUGGCUUCAAACAUCAAAUCCACUCGACUCCGGGCCGCCAAUCGACAAGACAAUGCCAAGGAAGAGGAAGAAGCCCGUCGUCGAGAGCAUCAAAAAGAGCUUGCAGCAAAGAAGCAACGUGAAGGUUUGGAGAAGUAUGCAGAGGCGACGGGAGACAUGAACGGCGAGAACGAGAAGAAAUUCAAGAAGUUCGAAUCGUACAAGCGUGAGGCCCAGCUGCCUUCACGCACGAAAGACAUGAUUGUCUGGGUCGACACCAAAGCUUCGACUGUCAUCCUUCCGAUUAUGGGUCGACCAGUGCCGUUUCAUAUCAAUACGAUCAAGAACGUGAGCAAGUCGGAUGAAGGCGAAUAUACCCACCUCCGCUUCAAUUUCUUGUCUCCCGGCCAAGGUGUCGGGCGCAAGGAUGACCAGCCAUUCGAAGAUCCUCAGGCCCAUUUCAUCCGAUCGUUGACCAUUCGGUCGAAGGAUCAGGAUCGCCUCUCAGAAGUUUCGGCGCAAAUCACCGAGCUCCGAAAGUCAGCUGUCCGUCGUGAGCAGGAGAAGAAGGAAAUGGAAGAUGUUGUGGAGCAAGACAAGCUCAUCGAAAUCCGCAAUCGUCGACCUAUCAAGCUCAGCGAUGUCUAUCUCCGACCUGCCCAGGAUGGCAAGCGCGUGCCUGGAAGUGUCGAGAUUCAUCAGAACGGUCUUCGUUACAUUUCACCGCUUCGCAAUGACCAUGUCGACGUGGUGUUCUCGAAUGUGAAGCAUCUGUUUUUCCAGCCUUGCGUUGGUGAGCUGAUUGUGCUUAUCCAUGUACACCUCAAGAACCCCAUCAUCAUUGGCAAGCGCAAGACCAAAGACGUCCAGUUCUACCGAGAGGCCACUGACAUGGCUUUCGAUGAAACUGGGAACCGUAAGCGCAAGCAUCGUUAUGGUGACGAAGAGGAGUUUGAGCAAGAGCAAGAAGAGAGGAGACGCAGAGCCGAACUCGACCGACUCUUCAAGGGCUUUGCCGAAAAGAUUUCGGAUGCUGCCCGCGAUUACAAUAUCGCAGUGGACAUUCCCUUCAGAGAACUCAGCUUCAACGGUGUUCCCAAUCGAAGCAACGUGCUUAUGGCCCCUACUACGGAUGCUCUGGUCCAGCUGACGGAGCCGCCCUUUACUGUCAUCACGCUUGAUGAGAUUGAAGUGGCCCAUCUUGAGCGGAUUCAGUUUGGUCUCAAGAACUUCGAUCUUGUCUUUGUUUACAAGGACUUCCACCGACCACCGACGCAUAUCAACACCAUUCCGGUUGAAUUCCUUGAUCGAGUCAAAGAAUGGCUUGACAGCGUGGAUAUUGCUUACACUGAAGGCCCGCUCAACCUGAACUGGGGAACCAUCAUGAAGACUGUGACCGCAGACCCCCAUCAGUUCUUCAAGGAUGGUGGAUGGAGCUUCCUUGCCACCGACACUGAUUCGGAACAAGAAGAGGAAUCGGAAGAGGAAAGCGCCUUCGAAAUGAGCGACUCAGACCUAGCUGCCGCCAGUGAGUCUGAGAGUGAUGAUGACAGCGAUUUUGACGAGGAUGCCAGCGCUAGUGAUGACGAGGGCGAGCCGGACAGUGGCUUGAGCGACGAGGGAGAAGACUGGGACGAAAUGGAGAAGAAGGCCAAGAAGGAAGACCGGUCGAACGGCCAUGAGGAUGAAGACAAAGGCAGGAAGCGCAAGCGAUGAGCCGUUGAACUGCCAUCUGGUCUGUAUGCGGAUUCUACUGUAUACGGGGUUUUGCUUAUGGGCAUUUCGGCAGUGCCUCUCAACUAGUCAGGGGGACGUCUAGCAGGGAAUGGGAACCCCAUCUGCACUGCCAUUGUUUUGAUUAAUUGCAACAAGACUGCUAUGCUAAGUCCUGGCAGGCUGCUGCUUUGUAUGAUUGAAACUGCAAUCAACCUCAAGCUUCGGAUAUUUCACUGUUCAAGUUUCUAACAAAAGCUCAGCCUUGUGUUCCGAGAAAGGCUGC